AUGGUUCUGACAGAUUUACCUUUUGAGAGGAAUUCUCGUCUGCAAAGUCGAUAUGAUUUGAUUAGGCCAGCCAAACGUCCUGAUAGUGCUCCUCCCAAACACAGGGACCGGAAGCAGUCAGCAAAUUCAAAGAAAUCAAGUGAAGAAUACGCUGGGUUUCUGAAAUUUCAGGAGCGUAGUGUGGGCCCAAAUGGAUUUCUCGACUCUUCUCGUUACUGCCAUUCCUUCACGGUCAAAUCGAAAAGGAAAACAUCACCUGGUCCGACAGGUGUGCCCCAGUCUCUGUCUGCACCCACCAGCGUGUCCUUGUCUGCAAGGAUCAAUCAGGACUCCAGGGAUUAUGACAAGAGAAUGAAAGUCAUUGAGGACCACAUGUGGAAACACAAACAAGAGGAAAGAGAACUGAAAAGGGCAGAAGGGGACAUCAUCAAGAAUCAGCAAGCUGUCAGACAUUCACUUAGGAAUUAUGAGAACUUGGUUAACAGGAAAAGACGAGCAGAAGACAAGAAGUUAAGUAAAGGUCAGGAGAAGUAUGUUGUCAUGCAGAGAGAGAACACCCAUGCAAAGGAGGAGCUGACCAAAAGACGAAUCCAGCACAACAUAAACAUGGAACAAGAAUUGAAAGAUGUGGAUCGCAAAUGUCUUCUAAAGGAAAUGGAAUUGAGAAGAAAAUACCAGACUAAAAAAAGUGAGCUGGAGUUGAAACGAGUAGAGAGGGCAAGAAUAAGCCAAGAGUUUGAGACCAAGAUGAAGACUAAAGAAGAAGAAGAGUAUAAACUACAGAAAGAAUUGGCUGAUCUGGCCAUUGGACUCAACAUGGAGGUGCUGAAACAUAGACAGGAGAUAUUUGACAAGGAGAGUCAAAAGGAAAAGGAGGUAGCAAAGAAUAUUGAAGCAGAUUUGGCCAAUGAGAAGUCAUUGAACUCAAAAAUCAGUAAAGGUGACGGGGACAUUAAAGAGGCUGAAUUGACAAAGAGAAAGCUGAGUGCUGACUUGUCUAAGACACGUGCACACAUUGCCAUUAAGACCAGAGACGAACAUCGCCGUCUGACAGACACCCAGAUGAGGUUAACUGACAAUGUCAACACGCAGAGACAGCUGAAUGAUGCGGCGAGAUUUGCUGACAUGGAUUUGAGGGCCAAGAAAAUUGAACAACGCCUUCAGGCGCACAACGAACGUCGACAAACGCAACUCUCAAGCCGCAUCAGUCAGAAGAGGGACAGAGAAGAAGCGCAGCAAGCUAUACUGCAGGAGAAGUUCCGCAAGCGCUACAAUGAACAGCGCCGCAAAGAGCACGAGGACAGCCUGAAAUUUUUCCAGAAAAUGGUGAGCAAAGGGGAAGAAACAGAACAGAACCUGUACAAUAAAGUUCGGAAUGCUGAAUACGCUCGGCAGAAACAGGAGCAGACCAUCAAGCAUCUUCAGCUUGCCCUCCAAGAAAUCAAGCGCGAAAAUGCCGAAAAGAUUAAGAAAGAAUUGGCAGAUUCCUUCAGACAUGAGAAGGAAUGCGAGGAAAAGUUACUGCGGGAAAAGGCUGAACUUGAUAAGGCUCACGCCCAGAGAGAAGAGAGCUAUAUGAAGUUACAACAUCAUCGCACUCUUCUUAAAGAGGAUAGGUACCAGUUAGAGGAACACAAGAGGGAACACGAACGUCUGACCAAGAUUGGGCUCAAAUCAGACCUCACUUCAGACUCGUUCAUCUACACCUAAAGAUACAACAGUAUAUGUAUGAAAAAUGGAUUGCAUAAAAUCUUCAGAGCACACUUUUCUUUGUUUAGUCAGUUAAGAAACAGUUGAUCAAAUAUCACUAGUCAUAUCACCACUAGGUGAUCUUUGAUCAUUCUAACAAUACCAUUAACAAUGACUUUCAAAAACAACAUCAACAUGACGUGACAUGACAGACAUUUAGCCUCCUGUGCAAGCACCACACAAUUUUGUGUGUCGUACAUCAUACAUUAGGCAAAUCACAUUUGAUCCCUUGUUUUCCAUUACUUACCAUUCAUUGUUUUACCCCCACAUGGGAGCUGAUUGUUGGAAAUAAUGAUAAUGAAAAAUGAAAAUUGCUGCACAGCCCAUGCCAUUUUUCAAAAAAUGCUCUGAUGGGAAACAAGGAAUAAAGUGACCUUGACCUUAAAAUAAUUUAAAAUCUUAAGUAACAUCUUCAUGUAUUCUGCUUAAAUGAAAUGUGAAGUAAUAAAGUUCUCAACAUAGAAUCGGGUAAGAAGUUAUUAUCUUAUA